AUGCUUUAUGCACACCAUACCUCGGUUUCUCCACUCUCAAGCAACAUAUUCACCUCUACUCUUGUUCCCAUGUCUACCUAUAGGGAACUAGCUGGUAACUAUGCUUUGUCGCUUACAAAUGGAGCACAAGCAACGCCACAGGAUUUGGAUUAUUUGAUUCAAACCUUAAGAAAUCCUGCUCCCAAUGUCACAAUACAACAAGUACUAGGAUACAUGUAUAACUACACACCAUUCAUUAAGCAUGAACACAAUUUGAGACUUGUUUUCCUGAGUUUCUUGAACAAUGCUGUCUGUUUCAGCCCUCCCAUCCCGUCGUUCGAAGAGAAUUACCUAAUUGUUGAGGUUUUCAAGCUCAUCAGCGAGAAGAAGUUGAAAGUGUCUCAGCCAGCUUUAUCUAUAAAAGAUUUUUAUUCCAUAAUACUUACAGAAGUGACAAACUUCGUUCAUUUCAAUCCGAAUCAAAACAGCUGGAAAGCUUUGCCAAUUUUGACGGGCCUCUGGCUUUCGAACGAUUUGAGGAAUGAACUCUAUGUUAACAAUGAUCCCCUUCACUAUAAACUAUUCUUCAACGAUUGGGAUGCAAAAGCCGAUGCUUUGUUCAAAACAUGCUUUGUCCGAAGUAUAGGUAGAUCCACACCACCUGAUUUAUCCAAUCUUGCUCUUCUAUGUUUGUCUUUAAAAUUUCAUGCUCCGAAAGAUGAAUUAUCCGAUUACAUUCGUUUGGUGCAACCAGGCUUACUCAUUCGCCAGCUAAUUCACCUCAUGUUUUCUAAAUCUGGGAGCCUUGCAACCUACACCAAAUUCGCCGACAUCGACCCUCUGUCUUCAAAUGUGACAAAUAUUCUUCAAGAUCAUAUCUUUAAUAAACCGGUCUUAAAGCAUUUGAAUAAGGUUUCAACUUUGACAGGUGCUCUCUUUAAGUUAUUACCCCCACUGACGGACCUGUUCAUUCUCAUAAUGGAUCUGAUGUCAAGAAUGUUAGAUUUCAAUCGGGCCAUGAAUCACUUCAGCGCUGCUUCGCCAAUUUUAAAUGUGAAAUUCGGUACUUCACAAACACUGGGUUCAUUCAUAGAUCAUUAUUGGAUUCUUAUGAAAAGCAUUCUCUUUGCUGAAAUGAUCAUUUAUCGUGAUGUGCUUUCUCGUUUUAUCUCUCUAGGGAGAAGACCCUUAUGGAGUGGAAUACUUGAUUCUUCGAACUUCAAUGUUUUGGAACAAGAGUACCGGCAAGUGAGUAUGGUUAUUAUCCACUCGCUUUAUUAUUUGCACUACAUUUUGACAGCAGUCGGUCAAGGCGGAUUUGAUAUUUACAAUUUUGUUUACUACGUCAGUCUUGAAGUGUGCAUUAAGAAUAAUAAUGACGCAGAAUUUGAAAACUUUUCGAAGUACUUGUUUGGAAAUUAUCAAGAGAUCAAUUUGCAUUACGAAUCUUUAAACAGAAAUUAUGUUGCACGAUGCAAGGUAAUGUUUGCUUUUGGUCUUUGGGAAUAUUAUCUCCAAGAAAGUAAACAUGUGCAGCCUGGAUUUGUUCCCUUUAUUCAUCAACAUGUAUUCGAUAUUGUGAAAAAUCCUCAUCUAACCGAUGUACAGUUGCUCGAAGCAGGUCAUUCCGUGUUGUUGGUAUACUUUUCGAAAUCAGACAUCAAUCUCGUGAAUGUGCAUCAUGUGCUAGAAUAUCUCGAGCUCAUCGUCGACCAACAUUCAAGAAGUCUUUCAGCAGCUCAACUUAGCAUUGCGGUGGAGACAUUGGGAAAGAAAACUUUGUCGAAUCCUAUUAAUUACGGCAACGGUUUGUUCUCUAACUCUGCUGAAGAAUUCAUGAACUUUAUGUAUAGCAAAUGUCUCAAUACCCCUAGCGCUCAACCAAUUCGAGCGACACGAGGGAUAUUAGUCUCUGCCCAGCCUAUCACGAAAAUCGACGCAGAAUCUACGUUGUCGCAGCUUGGUGAAGACAAUCAUGUCGAUGUUUUGAGUGAGAACAAGCAUAAAAAGCCUAAGGAUAAUCAUAAUAUCGAUCUCAUUCUGAUGUCCAAUGACACAAGUAUGAGCAACUUUUCCGUUAGGUUUGCUCCUAAUACAUCUAGAGAAGCUAUUAUUCUAGCAUUUCUCAAUACAAUUCCUUACUUUCCACUUGGCUCCUUUGAACAUUGGCUAAAUAAAAUUAUGGGUUUGAUUCGGGCAAGCAAUACGAAUGAGCAGGCUUUUCUCAUUGACAAGCUUUGGAAGGUCUUGAGCGAAAAUUUGGACCUCAAUAGAUCGGACAUUGCCUACAAUUGGUGGUAUCACAAACUUCAUGCAGUUGAGCGCAACUUAUGCCGUUCGAUGCAAAGAAUGAAUCUUUAA